UACGACACAGAUCUACUCCUUUCCUGGCUUGUGAAAUCUAAACAGUAAUUUCCAGAGCACAACCAUUCAAAAGAAUUUCCCAAAUUCAGAUCUUAGUUGCUCAAAUAACAAUAAUUUAAACAGGAAAGGAAAAUGUACGGAUUCGAAGCUAUGACCUUCAAUAUCCACGGCGGUUACUUGGAAGCCAUCGUCAGAGGUCACCGGGCGGGGCUCUUAACCGCCGCCGAUUACAACAAUCUUUGCCAAUGUGAAACCCUUGACGAUAUCAAGAUGCAUCUCUCCGCCACCGAGUACGGCCCUUAUCUCCAAAAUGAACCUUCACCACUACAUACCACUACUAUUGUCGAGAAAUGCACUCUUAAACUGGUUGAUGAGUAUAAACAUAUGUUGUGCCAAGCUACCGAGCCGUUGUCCACCUUCUUAGAGUAUAUCACAUAUGGUCACAUGAUAGACAAUGUUGUCUUGAUUGUUACUGGAACCUUGCAUGAGAGAGAUGUUCAGGAGCUUUUGGAGAAGUGCCAUCCUUUGGGCAUGUUUGACAGCAUUGCAACCCUGGCAGUUGCUCAGAACAUGCGUGAACUCUAUAGAUUGGUUCUUGUUGACACUCCACUGGCUCCAUACUUCUCCGAGUGUAUUACCUCUGAGGACCUUGAUGACAUGAACAUUGAAAUUAUGAGGAACACUCUCUACAAAGCAUACCUUGAAGAUUUUUACAAGUUUUGCCAGAAACUUGGUGGUGCAACUGCAGAGAUAAUGUCUGACCUCUUAGCGUUUGAGGCUGAUAGGAGGGCUGUCAAUAUUACCAUUAACAGCAUUGGCACUGAGCUUACUCGAGAUGAUCGUCGGAAAUUAUACUCUAACUUUGGUCUGCUUUAUCCUUAUGGACAUGAGGAACUAGCUGUCUGUGAGGAUAUUGACCAGGUUCGUGCUGUGAUGGAAAAAUAUCCUCCCUACCAAUCUAUUUUCUCUAAAUUAUCGUAUGGGGAAAGCCAGAUGCUUGACAAGGCAUUUUACGAAGAGGAAGUGAAAAGGCUUUGCUUAGCCUUUGAGCAACAGUUCCAUUAUGGUGUUUUCUUUGCCUACAUGAGAUUGAGGGAGCAGGAGAUCAGGAACCUGAUGUGGAUCUCUGAAUGUGUGGCUCAAAACCAAAAGUCUAGAGUUCAUGACAGUGUUGUCUUCAUAUUUUAGAUGAUCCGUGAUUGAAGUAGGAAUAAUUAAUGGUAUUGGCUUUUGCGUGAUCAUUGAUCAGCUGUAAAUUGUCCCUCCUCUCUCAAGUCUCCACUCAUAUUACCAUUGGAGUGGUUUAGCUGCUCUAAUUUUCCAACAUUUGUGUGCUAAAGAAUAAAUUCCUUUACAUGUGUAUUAUUUGUUAAUUGAGGAUAAGAUGUUGUAUCCUGAUUGAGUAAAAGUAUUACCAUGAGGUCGUUUUCAGGUUUCAAUA